UGAAAUCUAUUGUAAACCUUUCCACUUCCAAGUCCGUAAUGAAAUUGGAAUAAAAAAAAUAUUACUUAAUGACAUCCUCCAUAAUCCUUCCAAGCCCAAAAUGUUCCAAAUUCGUGUGAGUAGCCCCUCAACGGUUGCUUUUGCAAUUGGUCGAAUCCAGUUCAACAGAAUGCCCAAAACAAGAUUCUCUGCCAUUCAAUCGAAAACAGAGAUACCCACUUCCGAGCCAAACCCAGGUUCUGAAGGUUCCAACGAUGUUUCAGCUCCCGAGCUUCGUGUUUUUACGAGGAGAAAGAGAUUAAAAAAGACAGAAGUUCAAAAAAUACAUCUUGAAGUAAAACCUCAUGCCCCAAAACUCGCUGAACCACCUGACAUUGAAGAAUUCGCAUAUACAAAAGUGAGUGCAUCUACAAAUUCAAUUGACACAGGUAAACCACCUGCUAACUGGGAGAAAGUCCUUGAAGGGAUCCGCAAAAUGAGGUCUUCUGAAGGUGCACCAGUAGACAGUAUGGGUUGUGAGAAAGCUGGAAGUGCUCUUCCUCCUAAGGAAAGAAGAUUUGCUGUCUUGGUGUCUUCUCUCUUGUCAAGCCAAACGAAGGAUCAUGUUAAUCAUGGUGCAAUUCAGCGUCUACUUCAAAAUAAUCUGCUCUCUGCUGAUUCCAUUGACAAAGCUGAUGAAGCAACCAUUAAAGGCUUGAUUUACCCGGUUGGGUUUUAUACCAGAAAGGCUACUAACUUAAAGAAAAUUGCAAAAAUUUGUCUCACAAAGUAUGAUGGAGAUAUACCUAGCUCAUUGGACGAACUACUCUCACUACCAGGAAUAGGUCCUAAAAUGGCUCAUUUGGUUAUGAAUGUGGGUUGGAACAAUGUCCAAGGAAUUUGUGUAGAUACUCAUGUGCACCGCAUUAGCAAUCGGCUUGGGUGGGUGUCACGGCCAGGCAGAAAACAGAAAACUUCAAAUCCUGAGGAAACGAGAGAGGCUUUGCAAUUGUGGCUUCCGAAGGAAGAAUGGGACCCCAUAAACCCUCUUUUGGUGGGAUUUGGACAGACAGUUUGCACUCCGCUCAGACCUCGUUGUGGCGUGUGCAGUGUAAAUGAGUUUUGCCCAUCUGCAUUCAAAGAGGCCUCAAGCCCAUCAUCCAAGUCAAAGAAGUCUGGUUUGAGCAAGAAGCUUUGACAAAUUGAAUCUCAGAGGGGAAUCAGUUUAUGUCUUCUUCUGUCUGCCUUUUGUACAUAUAUCUCAACCCUAAACAAUUUCAUGGAUUCUUGGAUUGCCGAGGUAAAAUUGUGUCUUACCACCUCAUGUACUUAGGCAAAAGGGGAAUGCAAAUUGGGAAAGGGUGUCAAUUGGGAGAGUUUUUGUGGCAUAGUUUUUGGGGCAUUGUAUAACAAAUUCAGGUGGUCAAGAUCUAUAUAAUUUUCAUUGAAGUAUAAUUGGAAGAUCAUGAUAAGUGAUUUUGG